AUGCCAACAUCGCGCCCCCCCAAAAAGUACCUCAAUCGAGAGGAGCGGUUCCAUAUAAUCUCCCUUCGGAUAGCACAGAAGUCUUGGAGGCAGAUUGCAGAGGAGACAGGAGAAAAAAAAAGCACUGUCCGAAAUGUUGUCAGCCAUUUUCUGAAGUACGGCACCUAUGAUGACCUACCAAAAUCUGGCCGCCCACGGAAAUUGGAUGCCUAUGGACUCAGGCGUUUAGGAAGAGCAGUCCUAAAAGAUCCU